AUGACACGGAAGCAGUUUGCUGCCAAGUUGGCCUUCGCGGCUGUCGCCAUGCUCGCCCUCUCCUGGGUCCACACCGCCCAGGCGAUCAAGUUCACCAUCGCCGGUCAUGAGGCAGGCGAUGCCCAACCCUUCUGCAUCUCGCAUCACGUUGAAGCCGACACCCAAGUGGUUGUCAAGGUCAAGGUCGGAAACGGCCCUCAUCAGAAAGUCUCCGUUGAGGUCACGGAUGAUUCGAUUCAUCUGGGCCAGUUGUGGAAGAAGGAUAACUUGUCGGAAGAGUUGCAGCGCGGUGCUUUCUUGAACAAGGUGGCAGGCAACGUCGUCGCUUGUUUCACUAACAUCUUGGCUUCCGGUUACAAGGCAGAUCCAAAGUACACGCGCGUGGUGGAUGUGGAUUUCGAAAUUGGAUCAGAGACGAUCGACUAUUUGAAGCUGGCGGAGAAGGAGAAGUUGAAGCCCAUGGAGCUCGAGUUGAGGAAGCUCGAGGAUCUUGUAAAGGAUGUCAUUGAGGACAUGGAGCACCUCCAACGUCGCGAGGAGAAGAUGCGUAACACCAAUGAAUCAACAAAUUCUCGUGUGCAGUGGUUCUCGGCGAUGACUAUGUUUGUCCUGAUCUCAUUAGGAGCAUGGCAGAUUGUCUACCUCAAGCAGUUCUUCCGCAAGAAGAGACUUAUCGACUAA